AUGGCGCAACCUACGGCCUCGGCCCAGAAGCUGGUGCGGCCGAUCCGCGCCGUGUGCCGCAUCCUGCAGAUCCCGGAGUCCGACCCCUCCAACCUGCGGCCCUAG